UAAAAAGACAUUUGAAAAAGUCAACCUAGCAGUUAAAUACCCCGAUUUUUUCCCUUAUUACAAUUUCCCCCAAAUUCAAUGCAAAAGCCACAAAUAACUGAAUACCAAACAGAGAAAAGUUAUUCGCCUAUGUCUGCGUUGCGAAACACGAAUCCAAAUACUUAUCAAAUAAAUCCAUUUUCUCUCUUUUACAAGUAAUAUCAGAAACUCAGUGAUCAUAGCCUCGAAAUCCGUUCUUCUUAGAAUCCAGAAAUCUCAGUUGAUUGAUUAGCUGGCUUCGGUUGAUUAGUUUGCAAAAAAUUAUCGACCAAAACGAUGAAGAAAUCGAAGUUUCUCAAGAGCUCAAAGGAGUUGCUCUCUCGGAGCUUCAAUCCUUCCAAAUGCAAGACGUCGUUGAGGCUGGCGGCGUCGCGGCUCAAGUUGUUGAGGAACAAGAAAGAAGCUCAGGUGAAGCAGACGAGGCGGGAAAUAUCACUCUUGCUCGAAUCCGGACAAGAUCAAACGGCUCGAAUCCGAGUUGAGCAUGUGAUUAGGGAAGAGAAGAUGUUGGCUGCAUUUGAUCUUAUCGGAAUCUAUUGCGAACUUAUUGUUGCAAGGCUGCCUAUUAUUGAAUCUCAAAAGAUUUGCCCCAUUGACCUGAAAGAGGCAAUUGCAAGCGUAGUCUAUGCUUCCCCGAGAUGUGGAGACGUACCUGAACUUGUAGAAGUCAAGAAACAAUUUACAGAGAAAUACGGAAAAGAUUUUGUAACUGCAGCCAUAGAACUUCGUCCAGAAUGUGGUGUCAGCCGUAUGUUGGUUGAGAAGUUAUCUGCAUUGGCACCAGAUGGAGAGACCAAAACUAAAAUUUUGAGCACGAUAGCUGAGGAGCACAACGUCAAGUGGGAAGCUAAAUCAUUCGAACAGAACUCCGCACCAGCCAGUGAUUUGCUGAGUGGACCAACUACUUUCGUGAAGGAGAGUGAACGCCUUCCUGAACCUCCUCGAGGUAACCAGUUGCAUGAUUCAACGUUGAACUUCACCCAGGUUGAUCAUGGAUCAUCACCAAGAACAGAAGUUUCUGAUUUCAACUCGGCAUUAGGUGGUGAGAGGGCACAAUUUUUUCGAGGAGAUAGUGAUAACGUUCCACGCGAUAGACAGAGGUGGAACAUGAAUUUCAAGGAUGCCACCUCCGCUGCACAGGCAGCUGCAGAGUCUGCAGAACUAGCAAGCAUGGCUGCUAGAGCCGCUGCAGAGCUUUCAAGUCGUGGCAGGAUUUCAAGGCAGAGCUCUACUGAAUCACAUAAAUCGGAUGAUCAUUCUUCAAGAGGUGGGGCACCUGACACAUACAUGAGGUCAAAUAUGAAUGAGCAAAUGGAUAAGGGGAACCUUAACAAUAGUGGUGGAAGAUUCGAGGCAAGUCUUGAUAGUAGAAAGGAUUACAGUCACUUGUCUUCUUUAAAAUCUAGAGCUUCAACUGAUGAUGAUGGCUCAGUGGCAGACAGGUAUUCUCGGAAGAACUCGUUGAAUGAGGUCUAUAGAGGUGAAAAGAGUAGUAUGCCAAGGCAACAAGGUUUUGUUUCCUCUCAUUCUAGCAUAUCCAAUAAUGGGAAUACAUUUUCAAAUCCCAAACACCAAGAUUUUAGAUAUGAUGAUGGUGAGAGCUCUUCUCUGGGUUUUGGGAAUGAAGGCAUUAAUGAAGAGGCCUCACGGAGAAGCUCUCAUGGAUCGCCUGUAGUUUUCGACAAAUCUGAUUCAGACUCUGAAAAUUAUGGAUUCGAUAGAAGCCCUACAUAUGAUGAACCACAGCAGAGGUUCCAACUGCCAUUAUCAAGCCAAAAAACGCGUGAGCACCUUUCAACAAACACUGAUUCUGGGAGUCCUAAAUCGAGCUCUACAAAGACAGAGAAGUCACCUGCAUCUGUAUUUUUUACUAGAAAGAGCUCGUCUUCUGAUUUCCCGGAGAGAAGUAUGCAUGUCUCGAAACUGGAUGACUCCAUGGCUGUGACAUUUGAUGAACCAGAUGGGCAUACUUCUGGGUUUAAGGAUAAAAGUAGGCCUCAAUAUGACCAAACACAACUGUCACUUUCUUCUGACGAUGAGUCUGAAGAAACAGAUAGUGAAAGGAACCAAGGGAAGAAGUUUGAUGCUGAUCCUCCAGCAAAGUUCAAUCGUGCAAAACCUUCUGCUGAUCAGCCGACUUUGGUAUCAAAAAUGAAUCGGACAGAGCUGAACGACAUUGGUAACUCAAGUCCUGAGAGAGAGGAGGGGUUGAAUUUUGCAAAACUCACAGGUGGUUUUCGCCAUAAAGGAUACAACUAUCCAUCUGUUGGGAAGAAACAAUUUGACAUGUCGCCUUCCAAGAACGCGAGUCCUAGGAUGAAAACUAUGCUGGAACCUAAGAAUACAAAGCCUGAUCUCCAGUCUACAUCAGAUACUGACAGUUCAGACGAAGAAGACUCAUUGCAGAAGAGUUCGGACCACAAACACAAACUUCAUACUCUUAAAACAAAGCCUAGUUUUGCAGCUUCAAAUCCAAUGUUUGGAUCCGACAACAGUGAUGUGGAUGAGGAUCAGCCCUUCAGAAGAACAAGCCGUCUGCGUAGUGGAAUCUCUCGAAGAACAAAAGCAAUCCCUUCUAACCACGAAAAGGAAAAGUACUCCAAGCUGCAGCUCAGAUCAGAAGCACUUGAUCCUAGAGAUGGCAUGGAUGGAAAAGCCACCACCUCCACCAGUUACGAAACUCCAAAAAGACACGAGACUAAGUGGAACUCAAGUCAAUCGGACAACUAUGAUCAGCAUACCUCGACUUCUAUCAGAAUGGAGCAAAGACGAACCUCAUCAGAACCUCAACAACAGUUUCAGUACUUGAAGGGAAAUGCUUAUCUGUCUAGCUCAUCAAAAGUGCCUACUAAGCCCGCGAAUUCAAAUUUGCGUGGAUCUCUAUAUCAACACAAUUCGGAAAAGGCAGACUCUGGGAUUAUGCAAGAAUCUAAGCUUAGUGCAAAACAGGCCUCACUGCCCCAGAGAAAGACUGAGCCAAAUGUAAAGACAGAGAUGCUGACCAAGACUUCCUCAAACAAGGAUUCUAGUAACCAAAAAGUUAGCCAUGUUCAUCCGAAGCUUCCAGAUUACGACAACUUCGUUCAAUUCUUUCAGAAAAAUCGUUCUUGAUAUUUUAGUGAGCUGACCUAGUAGUUCUCUUUGGGAAGAUGUUCAAGGUGAAGCUCAUGAAUGCUUGUGAAUAUAUAGAUAUUGUUUGCAGUUUUGGUGUAUAUAUGUGUAUCUCAUGGAACACUUUAUUCAAUAUAUAUGAGCUAUGCACAUAGAAUUGUUUGCUGGA